AUGAAGGCCAAUGUUUUAUCCCCAGGAAGGUGCCACAACAACAGCCUCCACUGGCCCUCUGCCCCCCACCGCAGCCAGCGCACAGGAGACCUUAGAACUCCGCAAGAUCAAGAAGGUCCAGAGCUUCUUCCGUGGCUGGCUGUGCCGGAGGCGCUGGAAGCAGAUUGUGGAACAGUACAUCAAAAGCCCCCAUGCAGAGAGCAUGCGAAAAAGAGAAACAGUCUGGUGUUCCGUAUGGUAGAAGCAGAGGAGGAAUACAUGGAACAGAUGGAGGUCCUCGUCUCCUGCUUCCUACGGCCUUUCAAGAUGGCCGCCUCCAGUAAGAAGCCUCCCUGUUCUCAUGAGGACGUAAACUCCAUCUUUCUCAACAGUGAGACUGUACUCUUCCUGCACCAGAUAUUUCUCAAAGGUCUCACCUCAAGGAUGGAGAGUUGGCCAACGCUUGUUCUAGGUGAUCUGUUCGACAUGCUGCUACCCAUGCUGAGCAUUUACCAGGAGUAUGUCCGCAAUCACCACUAUAGCUUGCAGGUGUUGACUGAAUGCAAGCAAUCUCCUCCGUUCGCAGCUCUGCUGGCCAGGCUCGAGAACAAACCUGCCUGUCAGGGCAGGUCGCUGGAGACUUUCCUCACCUACCCAAUGCAUCAGGUCCCUCGAUAUAUCAUCACAUUGCAUGAGCUGCUCGCGCACACUCCACACGAUCAUGUGGAACGGAAGAGUUUGCAAAACGCAAGACAACAACUUGAAGACCUUUCUCGUCAGAUGCAUGAUGAGGUUAGCGAAACUGAAAACUUGCGAAAAAACUUGGCCGUUGAAAGAAUGAUCGUAGAAGGCUGUGACAUUCUCCUUGACGUGAAUCAGGUGUUUGUCAGACAAGGAAGCCUGACACAGAUCCCUACCGACAAGCUCAAGUCACAGCGAAGCCGUUUCACAAAUUUCAAGUCCGAGAAGGAGGCUCUUCGCCAGUGUUUUUUGUUCUCCAACCACCUUAUUAUUGCUACAAGAACAUCCGGAGGAAGGCUGCAUCUGGUGCCAGACGUGGGAAAGAUCCCGCUGGCGGACGCAGUGCUGAUUGAGGACCCCACCGAUCAUGGUGUGAAUGAUGAUGACGAUUGUUCGAUGUCUAGUCAUUCCAGCAGCCAUAGCGAAACUUCCAAUACAGGUUGCAGCUUUCAAAACAGGGAUUUCAAAAUUAUUCUGGACAUUAAAACUGGCUCCCAACCCCAAGUUUCGGUUCAUCUCGUAGCGCACACUCUUCAAGAAAAAGCGGCCUGGGUCAGCGAUAUUAGUCAGUGUAUGGACAACGUUCACUUCAAUGACUUGUUACACAGCAGUAUGUCUGACACUUCUUCUGUCACGAUGCCACAGUCCAUCAAAAAUGACCCCAAACUGUUCAAAGACGAUGUUGACAUACGCUUCAGUCGAACACUCAACUCAUGCAAGGUUCCCCAGAUCAGAUACGCAACGCCUGAACGCCUUCUCGAACGCUUGACAGACUUGCGUUUUUUAUCAAUAGACUUCCUGAACACGUUUCUACUCACCUACCGCGUGUUCACGGACAGCGUCACAGUUCUGGAAGCUCUGAAGAAAGUCUUUUAUAAUGCAGAUCCGCCUGAAUCACAGACCUUCCCUCCUGGUUCUUUUAUGGACGAAUUGACUUCAACCCUCCAGCUGUUUGAUCCGGAAAGAAGACGGAGCAGUUUCUCCCCAAGACGAACCAGUGGAGCUAGUUCUGUCUCUGGUUACGGUUCCGAGAUGUCAGACUGCAGAGAUAGAAGCCACAGUUAUGACUCCCAGGCCAUGUACCCUAAGGGGGUGAGGCGUUGCAGCUUUCGCAAUAUUGAGGAGGAGCAAUUGACAAUGCCAGUGAUUGUUCGCGACAGCCCAGUUGUGAUGAGUCCAAGACGUAAGGUCAGCAUCAGAGUGGAGGAGGUGGACACCAACAUGCUGACAAUACCUAACACCAUGGCUGGCAGCUCUAGUUCCGAGACUCUGACAGACCAGACUGUGAUCAGCGCCCCCUCGUCUCCCAGCAACCUUUCGACAACUACUCUGGUGGCUUCCUCGGGCUCUGACUCCAGCAGUCAGGAUUGUACCCAAACACACCAGCAAAAAGUUAGCUCCCCUCCCAGUACCGAGACUGUGGUCACGUCUCCCUCCAAGACCACCUCCCCCUCCCGCACUUCCCCAUCCAAGGUGACCUCACCAUCCAAGACACCUCCAGGUCAAGAGGCUGUUCCAAAAGAGGCUGAAAGCCGACAAGGGCGAAAGAGAUACAGUAUAGAAAGCACACAGCGCAAGAGUAGCUCGGUGGGUCUUUCGGAAGACCGGUCCGACUGGCCUGAUGAUGGAGAGAUUCAUCCACCGCAGGUUUAUAGUGCUUCGUCUUCACGCUCAGCAUCAAUUGUAAUGCAGGUGAUUCAUUUAAAUAUACACACGUUUCAUUUCAUUUCACACUUAUAAGGCAAGUAUUCAAAAGAGAGUGUUCAUACCAUAACUACAAAAUUAUUAA